CCUCCACCAUAUUCCAGUAUUUCGUUCAUGAGACUUGACAUUGGGAGUGCAGAAACCACUUGUCUGCAAGGUCCUAUCACCACCACUGGGAGCAGAAUAAGCUAAAUGUAGUUUAACUUUGGCCAAUUUAAGAAACUCUUAGACCUUUAUUUUAAGUUAAAAAAUAUACACAUUGUUGCUAUACUCAGAAAGUGUAACAAGUUUUAUUCAUCCAUUAGAGAAGGAAAUGGCAAGCCACUCCAGUAUCCUUGCCUGGAGAAUCCCGCGGACAGAGGAGGGCUGCAGUUAAUGGGGGCGCAGAAGCGUUGCACACGACUGAGCGACUAAACCGCAACAGGGGCCCGGGGAAACUGCGGCUCACGUCUGUUACAGCUGUGUUCUGUGAUUAUUUCACCUGUUCUUCGUUUUGAAAGGAAAAAAAAAAAACCCAAUGUAAUCAGUCUCACUGCUUAGAAAAGCACAGCAUUUCUUUCUGAGGCAGGAGAUCUAAAUUAGCCCCCUUCUCUAGAGUCAUCAUCAUAUGUCUGGUCCGUGUCUGGUGUACUGAAGGGAAAAGGUGGACACGUGGAUGCUCUGGUCAUAUGUCACUGUACGUUUUCUUUUAUGCUAUUGCAUGACAACGAUUAUAUGUGGUGUGCUCAUUUAUCUGUAAUAACUGAAAAUAAUUCAACUUGAAUGGUGUAUUUCUUAGAUUAUCGUAAAGGUAGGAGAUAAUGUCACCAACUAGAUUUAAAAAUGAGACUUAACCAGAAUGAGAUGAUUUCCACAUUUCGCUUAUCAGUAGUUGUACUCUUUGAACUUUGUAUUCCCUGCCUUAUAUCCUAAAAAUGUGAAAUUAUAUUGCUAUGCCAGUGUUGAAUAUUCUGUGGUGAAAGGGCUAAUACUUUCUAGAAAAUUGAAAGUCGGUGCUCAAGUAAAAGGAUGGAGGUGACUGUACCAGAGAGAGCUCUGGGCCUGAAAGUGAAGCUCCGCAGCCUGGAUGCCAGUGGGGCCUGUCAGAGGACGGGUUGCUGCAGUGGGUUUGGAAAUCUAGUCACUCUCUCUCCUUCAGGCACCUUGCAGAUUUGCCUGAGAAAGUCAGUGUAAUGGCCUGUAAUAUUUUUGAAAAUAGAAAUAUUUAAAGAAAAAAAUAGAAAAACCAUUUAUAAACUAUCCAGAGAUUAUUACUGUUUAUGUCUUUUACUUCAUAUUCUGUAUUUGUUUUCUCUUUGUCUGUAUCAUGAUACUGAGCUUUUAAACAGCACUCAGUACUGGGCAUACUGUUUACUUUCUUUGUCACGUCACACUUUUUAUAGAGCGUGUUCACGUGUGUGGACACACCCACACACACUCUGUGUUAUCAUGUGGUAUCCAUACCAGAUUAGGCCGGAAGUAAAUGAGAAUUGCUUGGCAGAAUAAUGUUUAUUUUUAUAUUCGCCUCGGCUGUUUGAGUAAAGGUCAUUUUAGCCCUGGGGAAACGAUGAAUAAACGUCAGGUUUGAGGUUUUCUUGUCAGUCACGAGCACCAGCAGAGAGGUGGCCGUGUCUCUGCUGUCUGCCUCCUUUGUGUCUCCCUUGCGCCGUCUCUGGGGAGCUGGGUUGAAAGUGGGGCAGAGGUGUCGCGGAGGGAACUCUCCAGAGCCAAGGAGGAAGCAGCGGUCUGGGCAGAGGCGAUGUGACGGGAAGCUGUGUUUACGCUUCCUCAGAAAGUAUGACAGAUGCGAUCAGGUUCCUUGAGAUUCUGGAACUUCACAGUAGUUUCCUGUUGCUUGCUGUUACACUUUGUCGUUCACAAAGGAGAAAAAGAUGACGAAAUCUCACAAAACUAUCCCUUAUCUUCAGUCACAUGUUGGCAGAAAUCAAAGCAAUCUUUCCCAAUGGACAGUUCCAGGGAGAUAACUUUCGUAUCACGAAAGCAGACGCUGCUGAAUUCUGGAGAAAGUUUUUUGGAGACAAAACGAUCGUACCAUGGAAAGUAUUCAGACAGUGCCUUCAUGAGGUGCAUCAGAUUAGCUCUGGCCUGGAAGCAAUGGCUCUAAAAUCAACAAUUGACUUGACUUGUAAUGAUUACAUUUCGGUUUUUGAAUUUGAUAUUUUUACCAGACUGUUCCAGCCUUGGGGCUCUAUUUUACGGAAUUGGAAUUUCUUAGCUGUAACACAUCCGGGUUACAUGGCAUUUCUCACAUAUGAUGAAGUGAAAGCACGGCUACAGAAAUACAGCACCAAGCCCGGAAGCUACAUUUUCCGCUUAAGCUGCACCAGGCUGGGGCAGUGGGCCAUUGGCUAUGUGACAGGGGACGGCAAUAUCUUACAGACCAUACCGCACAACAAGCCCUUGUUUCAAGCCCUGAUUGAUGGAAGCAGGGAAGGAUUCUAUCUUUAUCCUGAUGGGAGGAGUUAUAAUCCUGAUUUAACUGGACUAUGUGAACCUACACCCCAUGAUCAUAUAAAAGUUACACAGGAACAAUAUGAGUUAUACUGUGAGAUGGGUUCCACUUUCCAGCUCUGUAAGAUCUGUGCUGAGAACGACAAGGACGUCAAGAUCGAGCCUUGUGGGCACCUGAUGUGCACCUCUUGUCUCACCGCCUGGCAGGAGUCAGACGGCCAGGGUUGCCCAUUCUGUCGCUGCGAAAUAAAAGGGACGGAGCCCAUCAUUGUGGACCCCUUUGAUCCGAGGGAUGAAGGAUCCAGGUGCUGUAGCAUCAUCGACCCUUUUGGAAUGCCGAUGUUGGACUUGGACGAUGAUGAUGACCGGGAAGAGUCCUUGAUGAUGAAUCGGUUGGCAAAUGUUCGAAAGUGCACUGACAGGCAGAGCUCCCCCGUCACGUCUCCCGGAUCCUCUCCCCUGGCUCAGAGAAGAAAGCCACACCCAGACCCUCUCCAGAUCCCACAUCUAAGCCUCCCACCAGUGCCUCCCCGCCUGGACCUCAUUCAGAAAGGCAUAGUUCGGUCUCCCUGUGGCAGCCCCACUGGCUCACCAAAGUCUUCUCCUUGCAUGGUGAGAAAACAAGAUAAACCACUCCCAGCCCCACCACCGCCCUUAAGAGACCCUCCUCCCCCUCCACCUGAGAGGCCUCCCCCAGUGCCCCCGGACAACAGACUGAGCCGUCACAUCCAUCACGUGGAAAGCGUGCCUCCCAGAGACCAGCCCGUGCCUCUUGAAGCCUGGUGCCCGCGGGACGUGCUGGGGACUAAUCAGUCGGUGGGAUGUCGCCUCCUUGGGGACGGCUCCCCGAAGCCUGGAAUCACGGCGAGUUCCAAUGCAAACGGAAGGCAUAGUCGGAUGGGCUCUGACCCAGUGCUUCUCCGGAAACACAGGCGCAAUGAUGUGCCUUUAGAAGGAGCCAAGGUCUUUUCCAAUGGUCACCUGGGAAGUGAAGAAUACGAUGUUCCUCCCCGGCUUUCUCCUCCCCCUUCCGCUGCCACCCUUCUCCCCAGCAUCAGGUGUACUGGUCCAUUAGCGAAUUCCCUUUCAGAGAAAACAAGAGGCCCGGUAGAGGAAGAUGACGAUGAAUACAAGAUUCCUUCAUCCCAUCCUGUUUCCUUGAAUUCACAGCCAUCUCAUUGUCAUAAUGCAAAACCUCCUCCUCGAUCUUGUGAUAACGGUCACUGCAUAUUGAAUGGAACACAUGGCACAUCCUCAGAGAUGAAGAAAUCAAACAUCCCUGAGUUAGGCGCAUAUUUAAAGGGAGAUGGUUUUGACUCAGCCUGCGAUCCAGUGCCGUUGCUGCCCGCCAGGCCUGCAGCCCGGGACAGUGCAAAGCACGGGUCUUCACUCAACAGGACGCCCUCUGAUUAUGACCUCCUCAUCCCUCCGUUAGGCGAAGAUGCUUUUGAUGCCCUGCCUCCGUCCCUCCCGCCUCCCCCGCCUCCCGCAAGGCACAGCGUCAUCGAACAUUCGAAACCUCCUGGCUCUGGCAGCCGACCAUCCUCAGGACAGGACCUUUUCCUCCUUCCGUCAGAUCCCUUUUUUGAUCCAGCAAGUGGCCAAGCUCCUUUGCCUCCUGCUAGGAGAUUACCAGGUGAAACUGUCAAGUCCAACAGAGCAUCACAGGACUAUGAUCCACUCCCUUCAUCUUCAGAUGGUUCACAAGCACCAGCCAGACCUCCUAAACCACGACCCCGCAGGACUGCACCCGAAAUUCACCACCGAAAACCCCACGGGCCGGAGGCAGCAUUGGAAAACGUCGAUGCAAAAAUUGCAAAACUCAUGGGAGAGGGCUAUGCCUUUGAAGAAGUGAAAAGAGCCUUAGAAAUAGCCCAGAAUAAUGUGGAGGUGGCCCGUAGCAUCCUCCGAGAAUUUGCCUUCCCCCCUCCAGUCUCCCCACGUCUAAAUCUAUAGCAACCAGGAUCAUAAAGACCAGAAUGCGAAGCAAUUGCUGACUAUCCCAGGCGUGUGGAGAGAAAAGUGAGAUGGGAUUCAAGAAAGAAGCUUUCUCCUCCUCACGUGGCAUCUUUGAGAAGAGAGGCUUGGAAGUGGCUGCUUCUCAGAAGACAGCUGCUGCUUGCUCAGGAUGCCAAGGGCUGCGGCUUCCUUACUUUUGCUAGCCAUACUUUUAAAUCAGGGUUGAACUGACAAAAAUAAUUUAAAGACGUUUACUUCCCUUGAACUUUGAAUCUGUGAAAUGCUUUUCCUUGUUUACAAGUUGGCAAAGUUGCAGUUUGUUUUUUUAGUUUUGUUUUCCAAUUUUUGUUUUUUUGAUAUCUGUACUGUGUUCUUGAUCGGCCCUCUGUACAGUGGUCAGGUCUGCUGUAACAUUUCCUACCAACUCCCUUGCUGUGUGCAUCAGCAGCGAGGUCACAUAUCCAUUGUGAUCGUUCCCAUCCCAGCCUCCCACCCAGGUCCAAUUUCAUUUCUCCCAUUGACAAGAUGCUUUAAAGGUUCUGAUUUUCAGCAUAUCAAACUAAUGCAAAACAAGUGUGUGGGCUUCACUACUGAGUCUUUUCUUUGGAAACCAUCACUGUUGAGAGAUGGGGAAAUCUGAAUGUAUAAAGCAUUUUUGGUUAAUGAACUGCCUUUUAUAAGGGAUUUUCAUAUAAUAUAGAAGAGCUUCCCUUUCUGGUGUAA